AUUCUGAUUGGAGAGGUGACAACGUUCUUUGUGAAAGCGGAGGGGGCUCAGGAGAAGACCAUUGUGACGGCUGACUGCUGUUACUUCAACCCCCUCCUCCGCAGGAUAGUACGCUUUCUGGGUGUCUACUCCUUUGGCCUCUUCGCCACCACCAUCUUCGCCAACGCAGGCCAGGUGGUGACAGGAAACCAGACCCCUCACUUCCUGUCUGCCUGCCGCCCAAACUACACAGUCUUGGGCUGCCAGUCCCCCAUGCAGUACAUCACAGAGCGCCGCGCCUGCACUGGGAACCCCUACCUGGUUGCGUCUGCACGCAAGUCCUUCCCCUCCAAGGACGCGGCCCUCAGCAUCUACUCUGCUGUCUACACGGUGAUGUACGUGACGCUGGUGUUCCGUACAAAGGGCACCCGGCUGACCAAGCCCACCCUGUGUCUGACCCUCCUGUCCCUGGCUGUGCUGGUGGGGGUGGUGAGGGUCACGGAGUACAGGAACCAUUGGGGUGACGUCCUGGCUGGAUACCUGACCGGAGGGGCCAUCGCUGCCUUCCUGGUGACAUGUGUGAUCAACAACUUCCAGCAGACGGCAUCAGCCCUGCCCCCGCUGCCCCCCAGCGCCCUCAGCCCCCCACGGCAUGCUACUGUCACACACCCCCUACCUCGCGUGGAGUCCACUUGA